AGGAAGCUAGCGCUAGCAGCGCAGCGUCGGCAGGUGUCGCCGUUAUCGUCAUCCGCAGAAAGAUGGGAACAUGGCGGCUACGCUCUCGGACGAUGAGUUUCAACGCUUGCAAACGCAGUUGCUCGAUCUGCGGAGUAGGAACUACAACUUGGACGAACACUGCAAGCGCCAGGGCCAAGAACUUGUAGCUCUCCGACAGAGUCUCGAUGAGCACAAGAAGGAGCUGUCAAAGGCUCACUCGGCCCUCAGCCGGAGCAAGAAAGCCAAGGAGGUGGAGAAGCUGAUUGUGGACAAUGAAGUGCUCCAGCGCAAAUUGCAAAGCCAAGAAGAUGAGUUCAGGCUGCAGAACCAGACGCUCAUGCAGGAACUGUCUGCUACGGUCACCGCGAACGAAGCGCUGGAAAGGAAGAUGGAGGAGCUGCAAGGUGUGCGGCCACCCAAGAGAAGUCCCGAGCCAUCCGACCAAAAGUCUCUCGACGAGAUACGCCGCCUUCAGGCUGAAAAUCUGGCCCUACAAAAGUCGCUUGCAGAACUUCGAGGAAGCACAAAUGGGCUUUUGCCUGCACCCGAUCACCCACUCAUGGUCGACGGUGAAGACGGCCUGUCCGAAGAAGUCGACCAGAGGGCGUUGGAUGCCAAACUUCGGCUUAACAUUGAGAUCGAAGAGAAGAACAUGCUUAGAAAACAAUUAUCCGAAGUAGAGGAAAAAUUAAAGGAAGUGACGGAGAAAAUGGAAGAGGAGAAUGAAAAAUUGAUGGAGAAAUUAAAACGGAAGCACGAAAGCUUUCUUCAGAUCCAGCAAGAAAAGGACAAGGUGUUUGCAGACAGCAAGAAGGCCCUGGAGACAAUGCAGGUGGCCAAGGAUCGUGAGAUCCAGCAGUUGAAGGAGAUGACUCAGCGCUUGCAGAGCCAGCUCAACAGCGCCCUGGUCUCCCAGCAGGACCACCAGACUGUGAGCACGACGACAAUUCAGCAGCUCGAAGAGACCAUCACUGAGCUUGAGACAAAAUUGAACAAUGCUUCCCCAGAACGCCUGCAACAAGCCCUUGCUGAGAAGGCUUCCUUGGAGAUGCUCCUUCGAGAAACCACCGAGAAAUGCCAGCAGGCUGAGGCACAGGUUGCGAGCCUUCUCAAGAUGAAUGAGGAGAUGGGUUCCAAGAUGACUGCCAUGCAAAAUACCAUCGAUGGUUUGGAGGAUGCAUCGCGAAGCAGUGCCAUGGCAGCCUCGGAGGCCAACAAGGUGGCCGAGAAACGCAAGGCUCUGGUGGAGGAGAUGGGUGCCCACCUGCUCGAAGAGGAGGCCAAACACAGGAAGGCCAUGGAGGAAUUGGAACAGCAAUGCCAGGAGAAGGUCAACCAGCUCAAUGCCGCCUUGCUGGAAGAGCAGGAACACUCGGCAAGGGCAGCGGAGAACGAGGCAGCCCUGGCGAUGUACAAGCGGCUGCUGCCUUCGCUCAAGGAAGAAGUUGUUCAGCUGCGGGCCGAGGCACAGGCGCGAGUGAACGAAUUGCAGGCGGCCAUCGAGACGUCCCGGCAAGAGCUGGAGGAGUGCCGGACACGCCUCUCUCAGGACUACAGCAAGCUCAAGGCGCAACUGGACGAUGCUAUCAAGGACCUGACCAUCCAGCUGGAGAUUUCAAACAGCCAAAAGUGUGAGUUCGAGGAAGAAGUCAAGAGGCUGAAGCAGGAAAUAAAGGACAGCGUGGAGGAGCGCAAAAUUCAAGACAAGAAGGGCCUUUCAAUGGUGAAGGAGCUGAAGAGGCAGCUUCAGACAGAGCGGAAGCGUGCUGACAAGCUGCAAGAGAGGUUGCAAGAAAUUCUCAAUGAUUCCAGCCUUGGACGGUCCGAUGACUUGUUCCAGCCAAUCAGCUGCGAGGAGCGGCAGCGAGGUGACUCGAGCAGCAUUGGCUCCUGGAGCUACGUGUCUGCCAACAACGAGAACUCGAAGGACAGCACCAACAACAACAGCAACGGAGCGUUGUCAUUGAAUGGAGAGCAGGCUCCCCCACCUCCCAACAAGGCGUCCCCUGGCCUGCUGGAGCAGGAGAACAAUGAUCUUGUCAGCCGUCUUGCAUCCCUGCAGGAAGAGAAGUGGAUCUUGGAGGAGAAGAUAAACCACCUUGAAGUGAGCAAUUCUGCCAUGGCUGAUGACCUGGUCAACAAGACAGCCAUCAUCCAGUACUACUGCAUGGACAGCAAAUACGAGCCAUGCUCGGGCACCCACCACCCAUCGUCCACGGAGAAGCUGACCGUCAAGCGGCUAGUGGACUUCAUCAAGGACAAAGGAGACGAGAACCUCAAGGAAAUCAACCGUCGGAUGCAGCGAAUGCUCGAGGAGACGCUCACCAAAAACAUGCACUUGCAAAAGGAUUUGGAGGUGAUUUCUCAAGAGCUGCACAAGCUGAGGCAAGCUGGUGACCUGUCGGGGGCUGCUCACUGAACUCCCCUUCGCGCCUCUAUUUUGAAAGGCCGUAAUCAAAACAGUGAUCUUAUACAUAGUGUGAAUGGUUUUUGUAAAUAGGCUUUGUAAACAUGUCAGCUGCUGUUAUUAGUACUUUUUUUUUUAUUAGGGUGAAGAGGCCUGAACACUAUUGGGAGAACCAGGCUAACAUGCUCUGGUGUUUACUCGGCGUAGCAUGUGUAGUUGAUGACGACAGUACUGCACAUUUCAAAGCCGCCCCUCUUUUGCUGACAAUGUGGUUCUUGUGUCUGUUUUUAAGUUGAAAGUAAGGUGCCUACAUACAGUCAUGUUUUUUUCUAGGCACGUAGAAGGCUUCCAUCAUAUAAAUGUUGUGCACAGCCAGCCACAGAUGUUCAUGGGACCCGGGUUGCGUGAUGAGCAUGAAUUUUGGUACUGGAAGAGGCUACAUGAAAAUUCAGCAUUUUUAAGAAUCACUUGUCCUCUGAACCUUUGUGGCUGACUGUAUGUUCUGUCUAUCAUAAAAGUAUCUCCUGCUAGGAUCUUGCUAAAAAAUAUUAAUGAUAUAAAAACACGAUGCAACCGUUGUAGCUUGUACCGGUGAGAUCGUAGAACUUGGGUUCACGUGUUUUCUCUGAUUUAGACUUUGAAAGCAGAAACCUAAAAGAAUGUUGGUGGCUGUUGCGAUAUGCGCUACAUUGUAGUCAUUUCUUGGUGUGGGAUAUUUUGCAACUACAAUGCAUGUGUUGUUGCACAAUGCAGUUUUUGUUCAACUCCUGGAUUACUUUGCACAGUCUUGACAGUACAUGCUUUUCAUGGUAUGAGCUUAUCUCUGGCUUUCUGCAUGCAAGGUAUCUUGUGUCUUUAUACAUCUGGCUUAAGUUGUGCACUAGUGGUAUUUAAAUUCGGUGCAUUGUCUUCCAUACAAAUAGCUGCUGUGGUCUCACCAUUAUAACCACGCUUCUCACAUUUCUCUGCCCAUCCUUGGUCUUUUGCCUCGAAUAUGCUAUGCACACGUGAAGCUUUAGUUACAUGGCACGAGAGCCCAACUAUGAGUUGCUCCGCUGUGGCAGUACAAGUGUUCCUGGUGACCAUUAAAUGAAUAUGGCUUCAACAGAUGAAGCUUUAGCUAUUUAAGUCCUGACAUUUGAUCAACUGUGGUCUUGGAAGCGGAAACGGUCAAGCCACGUCAUAAUGAAAUUGCGUUGGACAUCAACAUGCCUUCAUUAUAAGUGAUGUUCCGUACAGGCAUAUGUUUGUUACACACUGUUAUUGCACAAAAAGUAUCUUUCACUCAGUUUUAUAUUUCCAUCUGGCAUGGCAUUUAGGUCCAAAGAUACAUCAUAUUGAGCGUGAGAAAUGGGAGACGAUUUCAUAUUGCAGGAAUAUAAAAUUUUAUCGCGUUAUUGCCAUUCAUUCUCCGUGUAUAAUUUUGCGGAUUCAUUUUAUCGCUUUAUGACUGAUAAGGGAAAAGAUAUGGAGAGAUGUGAAGCAUCAGCGAUUGGAAACAUUGUUUGACAUUAUUUUUGGCUGCUUGCUAGCUUGACGUUACAUAUUGUUGUUCCUGUUAUAUUAUGGUUCCCGCAGUGCCACUGAAUGUACAUCCUUCUUCCCUGCCCGAUUAGCAAGUGAGCUGCUUACAUAUAAAAGCUCUGUGUUCCAGGGACAUUUCUAUCGCUUUUAUUAGCUGUAUUCAACCUCAGAGGUUUUAAUUCAAAUGUAGCAUGACAAAGAGGUUUCCAUUUCUUAGCACAACAAGUCUAAGGGAGCUUCACAUAGUCAUAUCUGUAAACAGUAUUGCAAGCAUGCCUUGGCACUCUCUGUUUCUUCCUAUGCACGUUUUGUACAGUGAGUUCCUUCUCUCUUAUGCUUGAUGCUAUCUCAUUUCAGGGUUUGCACCUACGAAAAGCUGCUGUAUUUUGUACAUAUGAGUCUUUUGCACCGGUGUCCGAAACCUCGAAACCUUUUAACGAUGAUAUUUUGUGCGAUAUUUGGUGCGUUUGUUGGAUAGGUAUAUGUAUGUAUACACUGCCUUGCAAAUGCAACAGCCAUUGCUUUUCAGUCUGUAAAUAUGCGGCUGUGCUCCAGCCUUUCGCAAAAUUUUUUGGUGCUGGUCACAGUUGUCUGGAGUGUGCAGUCUGUACGCGUAGAUUAUGUACAAUGAGAAAAAUAAACUAACCUAUUUCAAAGA